AUGUUCAACGCCCUAAACCGAUUCAUGUCCCGUCUAGACGGCGACACCCCACAGCAACGACGCCAGCAAGAAGGAGGAUCCUACGGAUUCCAAGUCCUGCGCAACAUAAACCUCGAGCUACCCAUAGAGCCCUGGUUCGACUUCAUCGUCGGCAUCAAUGGGCGACCGAUUGAGAACCCAGACCCGACCUUGUUUGCCCAGGAGGUCCGAAACUGCGCCGGUGGGACCGUGACCUUGGGUCUUUGGAACGCAAAGGGCCAACGAACCAAGGAGCUGCAUGCGCCUGUCCCUCUCGACACGGGCUCUCUCGGUCUGUCUCUACAGUACACCCCCAUCGCCAUCGCCGCCAACAUCUGGCACGUCCUCGACGUGGCGGCCAACUCCCCCGCCGACCAGGCCGCGCUGCUCCCGUACAGCGACUACAUCCUGGGCAGCCCCGAGGGCGCCCUGCACGGGGAGGGUGCGCUCGGGGAGCUCGUGGAGGACUUCAUCAGCCGCCCACUACGGCUAUACGUCUACAACAACGAGUACAACGUGACGAGAGAGGUCACGAUCCAGCCGAGCCGGGACUGGGGCGGCGAGGGCGCCCUGGGAUGCGUCCUGGGAUACGGCGCCCUGCACCGCCUGCCCGCCCCCCUCAGCGAGCCCGUGAGCGCCCCCGGGGAGACCAUGUUCGACGGAGAGCCCAACGAGAAGGCCGGACCUGCCCUGUUCUCGCCGGUCGAGGCGGCGCCCCCAGGUGGUGGUGACUACCUGAUUCCGGCGCAGAUGGUCGAGUCCGCCCCCGUCAGCGCGCCGCCGCGUGGAGGGAAGAAGAAGGAGAAGCACGGGCACAAUGCGAACCCGCUGAUGGACGACUACUUCAAGGAGGAGGAGCAGAAGAGCCGGGAGCUGGACGGUACGCCCAAGGCUGCGACGGGCGCCCUCCCGCCGCCACCAAAGGCGGGCGGACCUCCCAAAGCUGCCGCAGCGAAGAGUGAGGACGAGAGCGAAUGA